AUGACCGAGAGCUCGCCCGCGCCGGAACCGCUCCCGAAGCUCCAAGAGGGCGUCAACGCGAAGCUCGUGAGCUCGGGCGAGCGCGAGCGCCUGAAGCAGCUCCUGCGCGAGAGACUCAUCGAGUGCGGGUGGAGGGACGAGCUCAAGGAGCAGUGCAAGCGGAUCGUCAAAGCGCGCGGGUUCGAGAACGUGACGACGGAGGAUUUAGCGCGCGAGAUCACGCCCGUGGGACGCGCGACGGUCCCGGACGCGGUCAAGGCGGAGCUGCUUCAGAACAUCCGGAAGUUUCUUCAGCCGUGA